AACGGCUCUUUGUCUCUUUCUCCCUCUUCACCACCUCCACACCUUCUCUCCUUCCUCAGCCAAUUCGCCCUGCACCUUCUACUCACUUCCAGGAGCUAAUUCGCCUUUCAAUUCUCAAUCGCAGGCGAGCUCGCGCUCUGCUCCUACCAGCAAUCAUCUUCUCUGUCCUUUACUUUUUGCUUUCCACCUUUUCAAGCCUCUUCUGCGCGCGCUGAGAGCUGAGCGCCAUCUCUUUCUCCACCACGCAAUUCAGUCCUCCACUCGCUCCUCUGCACCAACUACCACGGACACUCCCUCUGCAUACUUCUUUUUUCUACUUGCUGCAUUUAGAUGACGUCCGGCGACUCGACGACCAGCGACGCAGAGCUGCCGGCCAUCAAACGAGAACACAAACCUCUCUCGUCCUCGGCCUCGGCGACCGCCCGCACGCAACGCUCGCAAACAGCUUCCUCGCGAUCCUCCGCGCUGUCUUCGCCCGAGCCCACCGCAAAAGCCAUGAUACUCGACAAUGCAGACAAAUACGCGUCCUCUGGAUCCGAUGAGUCUCGCGACAACUCAGACUCGGGGCGUUCGACUCCUCUAAUCGCUUCUGCGAAAGCAGGCAAGAAGGGCAGCGGCCUGGGUUCUGCUAAGCCACCCUCUUUGUUCAAUGAGCUUCCUUCGAAAACUGAAGAGGCGAAAAAGACCUUUGAGGAGUUAAUGGAAUGCACUUAUGGAAAUAAGUAUCUCGGCGAUGCUGGACAGGAGGAGAUCAUGACAUGCGACUGUAGAGAGUCGUGGGACGGAGGCAAAAACACUGCCUGUGAUGAAUUCUCAGACUGCAUAAAUCGAAUGACCUCGAUGGAGUGCGUCAACGGCGAAUGCAACUGCGGCGACGACUGCCAGAACCAGCGCUUCCAACGCAAAGAGUACGCGCCGAUCGACAUCAUCCGCACCGACAUGAAAGGCUACGGCAUGCGCGCGUGCGCAAACAUCAAGCAGGGCACGUUCAUCUACGAGUACAUUGGCGAGGUGAUUGACGAAGGACGGUUCCGGAAGCGAAUGAUUGAGUAUGAUGAGCAAGGGAUCAAGCAUUUCUACUUUAUGAUGUUGCAGAAAGGUGAGUUUGUGGACGCGACGCAAAAGGGCUGCCUGGCGCGCUUCUGCAAUCACUCGUGUAAUCCAAACUGCUUCGUCGACAAAUGGGUCGUCAAAAACAAACUCAAGAUGGGCAUCUUCGCCAAGCGCGACAUCAUCAAGGGCGAGGAAAUCACAUUCGACUACAACGUCGACCGGUACGGCGCCCAGGCGCAGCCAUGCUACUGCGGCGAACCAAACUGCAUCGGCUUUAUCGGCGGCAAGACGCAGACCGAGUCAGCAUCGAAACUGCCUCAGGCGCUGGCGGACGCGCUCGGGCUGAGCGACGACGAAGACGACUGGGCGACCGUGGCUCCGAAGCGGAAACGGAAGCAGAAAGUCGGCGAAGACGACGAGGAGUACGUGUCUACUCUGCCCACGCGUGCUGUGAAGGAAGAAAGUGUUUCGAAGAUUAUGAGUUCGUUGCUGCAAUGUAAGGAGAAAUGGCUGGUCAGCAAGCUGCUCAAACGCAUCCACAUGAGUGAAGACCAAGGCGUGCAGCGGCGCGUGAUGCAGAUGCACGGGUACCAGAUCCUGGGCACGUUGCUGCGGGACUGGAAGACCGAAGACGACAUCAUCAUUAUUGUACUUGAGAUUCUAUCGCGCUGGCCACGCAUGACGCGCAACAAAAUCUCGAGCUCGAAGAUUGAGAAUACGGUACAGGAGCUGGCCAAGAUGAGCGAGCACGAGCGGAUCAAGACGCUCGCGAGCGAACUGUGCUCGGCUUGGGAGAGUCUGGAAAUGGCGUACCGCAUCCCUCGGCGCGAGCGACCCGCGAAAUCCGACAAGAAACCUGAAGAAGCAGCAGCAGCGACGGAGUCGGCACAGACACCGGAUCGGCCAGCGUCUGCUGCGGCGCCAGAAAGAACUCCAAAGAGCGAGCGGUUUGCAAAGUCCGAUUCGCAGUCGCGCACGGAAUCACCUGCGUUCGGCAACCGCAACCAAAAGCAGUUUCGCCAGCAACAACAACAUAAAAACAACAACAACAACAACAACAACAACAACAACAACAACAACAACAACAACAACAACAACAACAACAACAACAACAACAAUUUCAGACAGCAGCAGCAGCAGCAAGCACAGCAGAAACAAGGGCCUCCCAAGUCGCCAAAACUUCAUCCGGAUUGGGCUGCAGCGGAGGAUCCGAAUACCAAGCAGAUCUAUUACUACAACAAGAUUGACAAUCGGACGCAAUGGGAAUUUCCAGCCGCUGAAGUGGCAGCCGCUGAGACUGGAUCUCGAAAACAGCAACAGCAAGUACCACAGCAACCACAGCAGCAGCAGCAGCCGGAAAAGUUUGAUUUACAAAAGAUCAUUGAUGAGGCGCAGCAGACGAUGGCGGAAAAAAUGCGCCGAGAAGAGGAGAUGAAGAAAGCGAGCGAGGCGAAAGCGAAGGUAAAGGACGAAACGAACGGUCAUCGGCGACAUAAAGAGCAUCACAAGGAUCAUCACCACAAACACCACAAACAUCAUAGUCACAAUCACACUUCGACCUCAUCGUCAUCGAGCAAGCCUGAGAAGUCGGAGGCGAGCCCUGCUGCGAAAGACGGCGAGAAACAAAAAGACGCGACGAUGCUCAAGAUCCGCAACACGUUUGCCAAACACGUGCCCAACAUGGUCAAACGGUACGAGAAAGAAUUCGGCCGGGACGGCGUGAAGAAGUACUCGAAGGAGAUUGUGCAGAUUUUGAUUGAGAAAGAGAUGCGCGUGGGGAAGCAUACUGAGAAAAACGCGAGCGAGCUGACGGGUGAGAAAAAGAAGAAGAUUGAUGAGUUUGUGACGCAGUAUAUGGACAAGGUGGUUGCGAAAAAACGGUAUUCGGGGACGAGAAGUUAAUGGUUAGAAAAGGAGAGACGUGUGUAUGGAUAGUUUGACGAUGCUGUAAAUUAUGGAUAUCUACGUUCAUGUCUUUUAUAUGAUGUCUUGAUCUUUUUUCAUGCUGCUUGCACUAGUUCAUAGACUUCUCUAGAGCUA